AUGAUUACAUUAGUACACUAUCUAUUGACAGUUUAUUGUUGCACAGAUAACACAUACGAUUAAAUCUACUAUAUUAAGUAUUUGUUAAUAAUUACCAAAUGAUUUGUAGACCUUUAAGAAAUCGUAUGUAAUGUACAGUAAUUGACUUUUAAAUAGACGUCACACAUAAAACGUCGUUGACUGACAUUGUUGGGCUACUAGCUUGUAUUUUCAUUUGUCACUAUAAAAGUUAAACAUGAGGAAAGUUUUUACAUAUUACAAAGACACACACACACACACACACACACUGUAUAGACAGUAGUAGAGUUUUCCACAGUUUAUUAAUUCCACAAAUGGAUCAUAGUAAAACUCAAAGGGAUGUCUCCUCCACACCGAGAGAGGGUGUGCAUGGGAGGAUUUCAGGUCCUUCCCACUGCAAUCACCUCUCGCCUUGACCAGAGCGAGGUGCAGCAGUGAGCAGCCAGAUGUCUGAAUGUGACCAUCAGCGGAGGAAUUUGAAGAGCCGGUGACCAUGCAGGUGGAAAGAACGUCCGAAAUAAACAAAUAAAUACGGUGGAGACAAGGAGGCUGCGGAUGCAGAUAACGGCACGACGCGAACACCCAUCGGUCUGAUUUACAGUCCAGUCGGCGUUGGUGGUGUUGAUGGCGGAUUAAUGAGCAGUCAUAAAGAAGUCGGGGGAUUGUGUGUUGCAGGAGAACAAGAGUGAUAGAGGAAGGAAGAGAGAGGAAGGUGUUUAAGAGAGAGAGUGGGGGUACAUAAAACCGGAGCCGUGAUCAUGAGCUCUGCAUUGCCUUACGACUCGCUGUCCGCUCGGCCGAGUCCCAGCAGACAAGCUCUGGACUGGGAACGCCAGCAGCUGGCUGUGCGACGACUUUCCUCUCCGCGGGGUCUCGACCUGCUCACUCCACCUCCUCUUCCUCGUCGACCCUCCGCGAUCCCCGGCUACCUGCUGUCACCCUACCAAGAGCAGGAAGAGCAGCUGCACGAGCAGCAGCAGCGACUAUCCUUGUCCGUGUGCUCAGAGGCCUCCCUGGCGCCCCCUGCACCUCCACCUGUGGGCGCUGCCCCACCCUGCUGCCGCCCAGUGGGAGUCAUGCACCUGCUGCGCCUGGGUCUCCUGGCCUUCAGCUGCCUCUUCUGGGCAGCCGGCUUGGCCAUCUUCACCCUGGGUGUGUGGGCGCAGAUUUCACUGGCAGACUACAUGCUGCUGUCUGCCAAUCGCUACCCCAACGCUCCGAUCAUCCUUCUGGCCACAGGUGCAGCCGUCACCGCCUGGGGCUUCCUGGGUUGUCUAGGGGUGGCUGCAAACCUGCCCAGCGUGCUCAGGGCUUACGGGUUCUUUCAACUUGCCGCACUCAUAGCCGGUUUGGCGGCUGGACUCUCAGGUCUCUUCUAUCGCGAAGACAUUGCCGGAGGAUUUCGCAGCGGCUUACAGCGUGCGGUGGCCGGCUACACCGAGGACGAAGGCCGUGCCGAUGCAUUAGACAGCCUGCAGAGGGCCCUGGAGUGUUGUGGAGCUGAGGGUUGGCGUGACUGGCUCUCUUCGGACUGGGCUAUCCAACAUAUGACCUUCCUUCCCAACGAGAACGGCACUUCGGUAUCCCUUCCGGACAGCUGCUGCGCGAGGCGAAAGGGCUGCAGGAAUCGACCUCUUCUGUCGGAUGAUCUUGAAGGAGUAGCAGCUGCAGGAAUCCAUCCACACGGCUGCUUCCGCAAAGUCUUCAGUUUGGUCAACGACAACGUCUUCCACAUUGCCGCCACUGUGUUGGGAUUGGCCUUCACCCAGAUCGGAGGCAUCGCCCUGGCUUGUCUGCUGGCCAACAAACUGGCACCAAGACAACAUCGACGUGUGGUAGCACAUUAAUGGUCUGUUUUAAAAAAUAGGCAACCUACACCAAGGAUUCACCAAUUUGUAGAUAGUUAGGAUUGGGAAUGAACUAUGCCCUUAAAGAGUAAUAGAGUUGCAAAGUGUUGGGAGUCCACGCAUCCAGGUUUCUGAGAUUAAAGGUCUUGUUCAUUUUCUGCAUAGACAAGGUGAUCGGCAUUUGGAGGUCUUCCAUGGCUUGGAUGGGCAUGAAAACUUCAUCCACACAAAAUCAGCAACUGCUUUAUGAAAUAUAUGGUUCUUUGACUUUGCCUGUGAGCAAAACGUUAAGAGAGAAAUCAGCUACAACUCCUGUUGAGCAUUUUGGUAAGAAACAUUACAGAGCUUUACAUUUUGUUUUGCGGACUCGGCUCAAAGCAAGCUGAAGCUAAAGUUGACAGUUUGUAGAAAUCUGAUUGUGAUAAUUACGCAAAUAAUUAAAACUGAUCGUCGUAACAUAAACCUAUAGUAAUGUUUGAAUUAUCCAAAAGACUCCGUUGUUUCUAUGUUGAGCAACAUAAAAAAAAAGAAAUACUUAAGGAACCAGCAACUCCUUACACUUUGCAACUCUUUUACACUUUGCGUUUGCCUGGUUUUGUCUCAUGCACAAUUUAUGAAAAGCUUCU